AUGAAGACGCUGAUUGGGGCGGGUGAAGAGUGCAACGAGGUCUAUGUGUUUCGAGGGGUCAUCAGAGCUAGUGCUCAUAACAUCGCAGCAAAGAGUUCAGGGGGAAGAGAUUUAUGGCAUCGCCGUUUAGGUCAUCCAUCUAGUAGGAUUUUAUCUUAUUUGUUGAGUUAUGUUGAUGUUGGGAAACCGGCACACAUGGAAACCGUUUGUGAUACUUGUUUUCGAGCUAAACAUACUAGAGAUUGUUUUCAAGAAAGUUAUAAUAAAGCUGCUGAGUUAUUUGGUUUAAUUCAUUGUGAUAUUUGGGGGCCUUACCGAACGGUUUCUUCUUCCGGAGCAUCUUACUUUCUUACUAUUGUAGAUGACUUUUCUCGUGCUGUUUGGAUCUAUCUGUUACGAGAGAAGAGGGAAGUUGCUAGUACAAUUGAGAAGUUUUGUGCUAUGGUUGAUCGUCAGUUUGAUAAGAAAGUAAAAAUCCUUCGGAGUGAUAAUGGGUUGGAGUUUAUGUGUUUGAAGCCGUUUCUUGAGAAGGAAGGAAUGUUACAUCAGACCUCUUGCGUUUACACGCCUCAGAAAAAUGGUAGAAUGGAGCGCAAACAUCGACAUAUUUUGAAUGUGUCUCGAUCAAUUAUGUUUCAAGCUCAUUUACCGAUACAAUUUUGGGGAGAAUGUGUUCUUGCUGAAGCACAUUUAAUCAAUCGUACACCGUUGACAUUACUAAAUGGGAAGACGCAGUAUGAGUUGCUUUAUAAUGAGCCUCUACCAUUUAGUAAGUUGAAGGUGUUUGGGUGUUUAUGCUAUGCUCACAACGUAUCAAGGGAUAAAGAUAAAUUUGGGGAACGAAGUCGAAGGUGUGUGUUUGUCGGCUAUCCGAAUGGGCAUAAAGCUUGGAGGGUGUUUGAUUUAGAAACUGAGGAAUACUUUUUUUCUCGUGAUGUGGUUUUUCACGAGAAUGAGUUCCCGUUUUCUUCUCCACCAAAGGCAACAGAGGCUCUUCCCAUUGUUUCCAUACCGGAGACUUGGGACGAUGAUUUUGAGAAACAUGGUCAACUUGUCACGACUCUCAUGGAGAUACAUGAGCCUACUGGUGGUGACGUGAGGGGGAGUUCAGAGGAGACUAAUGAAGUAAGAGAAGAUAAUGAAGUCAGGGGAGUUCUGAUGGAGUUGACGUGA